AUGGCCUACGUGAACGAACCUAUUGCUGUCAUUGGUAGCGGCUGCCGUUUCCCCGGUGGCUCUUCCUCGCCUUCAAAACUCUGGGAAUUGAUGAAAUCGCCGCGGGAUGUCGCCAGCAAGAUCGACCGAUUCAGUGCCGAAGGCUUCUACCACAAGGACGGUAGCCACCACGGCACCAGCAACGUCUUGCACUCUUACCAGCUUGAGGAGGACACUCGUGAAUUCGAUGCCCAGUUCUUCUCCAUUCCUGGUUCUGAGGCCGAGGGAAUUGACCCGCAACAGCGAAUCUUGAUGGAGGUGGUCUACGAGGCCCUGGAGGCCUCGGGCCACAAGAUCGAGGAGCUUUCUGGCUCCGCAACCGGCAUGUACGUCGGUGUUAUGUGUAAUGACUAUGCGCAUAUUACCUACCAUGACCUCGAAUCUAUCCCCAAGUAUGCCGCAACGGGAACCGCCUCCUCCAUUCUCUCCAACCGCAUUUCCUAUUUCUUCAACUGGACUGGUCCCUCCAUGACCAUUGACACCGCUUGCUCCUCCAGUCUUAUCGCGACACACCAAGCAGUUGAGCUUCUUCGCAAGGGCGAAUCCAACCUGGCCGUUGCCGCUGGAGCUAAUCUAAUUUUUGGACCCACCAACUUUGUGGCUGAGAGCAAUGUUAACAUGCUUUCCCCCACCGGCCGCAGCCGCAUGUGGGACAACAAAGCUGAUGGAUAUGCUCGCGGUGAAGGUGUUGCCGCUGUAAUUCUCAAGCGUCUAAGUGAUGCGAUUCGGGACGGUGACAACAUUGACUGUGUUAUUCGCGAGACCGGUGUGAACCAGGAUGGCCGGACCACUGGUAUCACUAUGCCUAGCAGCCUCGCCCAGGCUGAGUUGAUUCGUCAGACAUACGCCCGAGCUGGUCUCUCGCCCCACACUGAUCGCUGCCAGUACUUCGAGGCCCAUGGUACAGGUACCAAGGCUGGUGAUCCUCAGGAGGCUGGUGCGAUUUACCGCGCUUUCUUCGAAGGUAAAGAGAAUGACGACCCCAACGACAAGCUGUACGUUGGAUCCAUCAAGACUAUUAUUGGACACACCGAGGGUACCGCCGGUAUUGCUGGUCUGCUUCGGGCCUCGCUGGGUAUGAAGCAUGGCUUCAUCCCUCCCAACAUGCUUUUCGAGGAACUUAACCCUGACAUCGAGCCUUACUACGGUCGCCUCGAGAUUUUGAAGGCUGCUAAGCCCUGGCCCAAGCUGCCUCCUGGAGUUCCUCGUCGUGCCAGUGUUAACAGCUUCGGAUUCGGUGGUGCCAAUGCCCACGCUAUUAUCGAGUCUUACGAGCCCGAAACCGCUAUCCAGACUGUCACUCGAGGCGCCACCGCUGCCGUGCCAUUUAUGUUCUCGGCUAACUCAGAGAAGUCGCUGGUCAGCCAAAUUGAGACAUUCCUGGCUUACUCCGAGGGCUUGGACGAGGAGAACACCAACCUACGCGACCUGGCGUGGACCCUCUCUCGCCGAUCCGCCUUCCCCAUGCGUGCACCCUUUUCGGCCCUGACUCUGGAGACCCUGCGCUCCAAGCUGACUGCUGCGCUUGAGGCCAAGAAGACUGAUGGAACCGCUCUUGGUGUGCGUCCUUCCCACAAGACCAACACCAUCCUGGGUGUUUUCACUGGUCAGGGUGCCCAGUGGCCUCGCAUGGGAUACCAACUUGUCAAGUCUUCUCCUUUCGCCGCCAACCUGAUGAAGUCCCUGGAUGACUCUCUUCAGUCCCUGCCUGAGCAGGACCGCCCCAGCUGGUCCCUGCAGGAUGAGCUUGCCAAGUCUGCUGACAGCUCCCGUGUCAUGGAAGGAACCUACUCGCAGCCCCUAUGCGCUGCCGUUCAGAUCAUUCUGGUCGAGCUUCUCAAGCAAGCUGGUAUCACAUUCGACGUUGUAGUCGGUCACUCUAGUGGAGAAAUCGGUGCUGCCUUUGCCGCAGGCUUCUUGAAGGCUGAGGAUGCCAUCCGUAUUGCCUACUACCGUGGUCUCUUCGGCAAGCUUGCCGCUGCGCCCAACGGGUCAACUGGCACUAUGCUGGCUGUUGGUACUUCUAUGGAGGAUGCCAAUGAUCUGUGCAAGCUCUCGACAAUGAAGCGCUUUGGACAGUUCAACGUCGCUGCAAGCAACUCUUCGUCCAGUGUCACUAUGUCUGGUGAUCUCGCCGCGAUUGAGCGAGCCAAGUUCAUCUUUGAGGAUGAGAGCAAGUUUGUUCGCUCACUCAAGGUCGACACCGCUUACCACUCGCACCACAUGCAGCCCUGCUCCGAACCAUACAUGGAUGCCAUGGCCCGCGUCAAGAUCGCCAUUCAGGAGCCCAACCCCAACUGCAAGUGGUACUCCUCAGUUCUGGGAGGUGACCUUGUUACCAGCGACAUGAACAAGCAGCUCGCUGGCUCUUACUGGAAAGACAACCUGUUGCAGCCCGUUCUGUUCUCUCAGGCUCUUGAAAGCGCUCUUGAGAAGAACGGUGCUCCCGCUCUGGCCCUUGAGGUUGGUCCUCACCCAGCCCUUAAGGGUCCGGCCAGCAUGGUGAUCGAAGAGGCUCUGGGCACCACUAUCCCGUACUCCGGCGUCCUCGGCCGCAAGUCCAACGAUGUUGAAGCUUUCACCGACGCAGUCGGAGCUGUCUGGGCCAACGUUGGUGGCUCAGAAAUCUCCUUCGGACCCCUCGACGCCGCGUUUGCGGAUUCUGCCGCCGAUAAGCCCCAAUUCCUGCGCAGCAUGCCAGGCUACACUUGGGACCACAGCCAGACUUUCUGGGCUGAGUCUCGUGUCUCUAAGGCGAUGCGUAUGCGCCAACAUGGCCACCACGAGUUGCUGGGUGUCCGUAUGGACAGCGGCGAGGACGAGAUGCGCUGGCGCAACUUCCUCAAGCCGACCGAGAUCUCAUGGACCCGUGGUCACUCCAUCCAGGGUCAGACCAUCUUCCCAGGUGCUGGCUUUGCUUCCAUGGCUAUCGAGGCAGCCAAGGAAUACGUGGAUGAUCUCGGCGAGACAAUGGACCUUGUGGAGCUUGAAAACCUGCGGAUCCACUGGGCCUUGAGCUUCUUAGAUGAGACCAUCGGCUCUGAAGUUACUGUGACCCUUUGCAACAUCCAGCGAGAUGAUUCUUCUGACAUGAUUGACUGUGACUUCGUGUGCAGUGCUUGCCCCUCCAAGGACGCAGCUUUGACCACCAUCUCUACUGCUCACCUCAAGCUUACCCUUGGAUACGGUUCUGCCGAGACCCUCCCUUCGCGCCCCGCGCCUAAUGAGGCUGACAAGAUGACUGAGCUCGAUGCCGAUGUCUUCUACGACUCCCUGGCCAAGCUGGGCUACAACUAUGCUGACAUGUUCAAGACUAUCACUAGCCUGAAGCGCAAGAAGCUGGCCUCGACUGGUAUCCUUCACACCGCCAGCGAGGAGGACUACAAGACUAACCUGAUUGUCCACCCGGCCCCUCUCGAUGUCGCCUUCCAGGGCCUCUUCGCUGCCAUUGGUUCCCCCGGUGACGGCCAGCUCUGGACUCUGAUGGUUCCCACUAUCAUUCGCUCUAUCAAGGUCAACCCCUUCACAUGCAACCAGACUGGCUGCCUUGAUAAGGACUUGGCCUUUGAAGCGAAUGUGCAAGUUGAGCGCUCUAACCAGCAAGUCGGUGGUGACAUCGAUGUGUAUGAUGAUGCCGGCAACGCAAUGAUCCAGAUUGAAGGCCUGCAGGUUACUCCUGUUACCCAAAUCACGGCUCGUGACGAUGCCCAGAAAUUUUCUGACACCACCUGGGGCAAUGACAAGGCUGAUGCCGCACGCGCUUACACUGAGUUCUGGAACUUGGAGUCUGAGAAGAAACGCUGGGAGGAGUCCAUUUUCGUCGAGCGGACCUGCUUCUACUACAUGAAGCAGCUGCACAAUGCUAUCAAGCCCGAAGAGAUCGAGGGUCUUGAGGUACAGGCAAAGAAGUACCUCACCUGGGUUUCUUCCGUUGUCGAGAAGGUCGCUGCCGGAUCUCACCCUACCAUCAAGAAGGAGUGGCUGAACGACACAUUCGAGAAGCUCGAAUGUCCGAUGUCUGAGUUCGCCCAAGAGCACGAGGAGCUCCACCACCUGAUGAAACUGGGAGACCAGCUCAUUCCUUUCAUCCGGGGAGAGGUUUCUCUUGUGGAGCUUUUCGAUGACUUCGAGGUCAUUGACCGCAUCUACCAGGACGGAUACGGAAUGCCACAGUUCCACAGCUUCUUCGGUGACUUGGUUGAGCAGCUCACUUUCAAGACUCGUCAAAUGGAUAUUCUUGAGGUUGGUGCCGGCUCUGGAUCCGCCACUCAGGCCAUCAUGAGUCGUAUCGACUACCACUAUGGCUCGUACACCUACACUGAUGUCUCAGCCUCCUUCUUCCCCGAGGCCCAAGAGCUGUUCAAGGACCAAGAAGGAAAGAUGUCCUUCCGCACUUUCGACAUGGAAGAGGAUGCAACUGAGCAGGGCUUCACUGAGCGCAGCUACGAUCUUAUUGUCGCCUCAAACGUUCUGCACGUCUCCAAGAACGUCGAGGAAACCUUGAAGAACCUGCGCAAGCUUCUCAAGCCUGCUGGUCACAUUGUUCUGCUCGAGGUUACUGAUCUCGACCACGUGCGCUCAUCGUUCUAUGCUGGAUCCAAGCCUGGCUGGUGGGCCGCCGAGGAUGGCAGAGAGCCCCAGCCCUUGCUUCUACAGAGCGGCUGGGACGCCGUCUUGAAGAAGACAGGCUUCUCUGGCAUCGAGACCGCGACCCCCGAGACCCACAUGUUUACUGUGCCCUACAGUGUGAUGUUGAGUCAGGCCAUUGACUCUCAGAUCGAACUUCUUCGGGAGCCCCUCAGCCCGAAGCACAAGGAUUCCAUCAAGCUGCCUAAGCUCCUCGUUAUUGCCGGUCAAACCGAGGCCACAGCUAAGAUUCAGGAUGAGAUUCUCGCGAUCCUUGAGCCUUUCAACUCGGAGAUUCAAAUUGUCUCCCGAAUUGAGGACCUGAAGGAGAGCCACUUUGAGCCUAAGCAGCUUGUUCUCAACUUGAUGGAGCUUGACACCAACCUGUUCGGACCUCUCACUGCUGAGCGCUGGAGUGCCCUUCAGACUCUGACUGAGAACUCCCAGAACAUCCUCUGGCUGACUCAUGGUGUGGGUGCUGAGAACCCAUUCGCUAACAUGAUUGUCGGUGUUUCCCGCGCUUUGGUUCACGAGAAGCCAGACUUGAAGAUCCAGGUCAUUGACUUUGCUGACGGCCAGCCUAUCGACACUAUCUUGAUUGCCGGUGAGCUUGUGAAGCUACACAUUGCCAGUGUCUGGAGAACCUGGUCUCAGCCCUAUGUCACUACCUGGGUCCUGGAGCGGGAGACUCGCUUCGCUGAAGGAAAGGCCAUGAUCCCACGUGUUGGACCCUGCAAGCCUCUUGAUGCUCGCUACAACGCAUCCCGCCGCAAGAUUUAUGAGGAGGUUGAUCUUAAGAGCUCCGUUGUUGCUAUCAGCUCGAAGCACGGUGUCUGCGAUGUACAGGAGGUGCGGAAGCCAUUCUGGGCCGUUGCCGACCCAGAGCUCAUUGAGGUUGAGGUUGCUCAUUCCACCCUGGCUCCUCUCGCGAUUCCCUCGCUCGGAUCUCUCCACCUUAUUGUUGGUCAGAUUGUUGGCACGGGCCAGACCGUCCUUGCACUGUCUGAGACUCUGCAAUCCAAGGUCUCCCUGCCCCAAAAUCAGACUCUCUCCUUGGAUUUCUCAUUGGACCAGACCCAGGAGCUGCUCGUUUCUGUUGCCAGCUACCUACUGGGUAACUACCUCCUCUCCCACUCCGCUAAGGGCAACUCCAUCAUGGUCCACGAGCCUACCCCUGCUCUGGCGGCCGCUCUGAAGGAUCUGGCCCAGGAGCGCGACACUGCCCUGAGCAUGACAACAUCUUCCCCAUCCGAGGAGCUGCAGUACAUCCACCCCCGCGCCCACCGGCGCACUAUUCAGGGUGCAUUCCCUGCCAAGCUAUCCGCCUACGCCAGCUUCCCAAGUGCCCACGACUCUUCCAAGUCGGGAGAGCACAUCGAGAAGUACCUGCCCUCUUAUGUCAAGCGGAUCUCUCCCAAUGACUUCCUGGGUGGCCUGGCUUACCUGCAGCCCCAGGCUAACCCCGAGGCUGCUCUUGAGCUGCUCCAGAAGGGACAAGCCUUCUUCGAGGCUCACUCUGAUCUCGACUACACCGAGCGUGUGCAGCAGGUUGGCCUGGAUGAGGCUCCGGGCUACGAGUGUGACAAGACCAACGGUACUCUUGAGGUCCUCAACUUUGCUGAUCAGUCUGUCGCCUUUGGCGCUCUCUGCCCUCCUGAGGAUGAUGUUGAGUUCCGCUCUGACAAGACCUACUGGCUUGCUGGUCUUACCGGAGAGCUUGGUCUUUCUCUUACCCGCUGGAUGGUUGAGCGUGGUGCUCGCUACAUCGUUCUAACUUCUCGUAACCCCAAGGUCAGCGAGAAGUGGAUUGAUUCUGUGCAGUCCACUGGUGCCAUUGUCAAGUGUCUGCCUAUGGACAUUACCAAUGCUGAAUCGGUCAUGAAGACCUACGCUCACAUCACUUCUGAGUUCCCUCCCAUUGCUGGUGUUUGCAACGGUGCCAUGGUGCUGAACGAUGGCGUUCUUGCCAACCAGUCCUUCGAGGACUUCAACGCUACUCUGACCCCCAAAGUCAAGGGUACUCAGUUCCUCGACUCCCUCUUCCAGAAGAACGACUUGGACUUCUUCAUCAUCUUCUCGUCGCUCUCCUUCGUCACCGGAAACAUCGGUCAAUCCAGCUACGCCGCUGCCAACUCCUUUAUGGUCAGUGUUGCCGAGGGUCGUCGCAAGAAGGGUCUUGCCGGCUCCGUCAUGAACCUGGCUGGUAUUUUCGGUAUUGGAUACAUCACCCGUCGCGAUGUCAAGCUCCUUGACCACCUUGCCAAGAUGGGUUACGAGAACAUCUCCGAGUGGGACUACCUCCAGUUCUUCGCCGAGGCCGUCAAGGCCGGUAAGCCCGAGACCAGUGCCCAGUACCCGACCUGGGAGAUCCACUCUGCCAUCAAGCCCGUCGACUCUGAUGCCAAGAACCCCCCUCCCUGGUUGGAGGUUCCCCGGUUUUCCUGGUACCGCCGUGUGCGCGCCAGUGCCACACAGGAUGGCGAGGGUGGUGCAGUCUCUGUCCGCGACCAGCUCAAGGAGCAGACCACCAUGGAAGGUGUUAACAAGGCUCUCCUCGCAGGCUUCGUGGCUGUCUUGUAUAAGCUUCUCGGUAUGCGCCCUGAGGAUGGAGUUAUCUCUCCCAGCACUCCACUGAUCGAGCUGGGUAUCGAUUCCUUGGUUGCUGUUGACAUGCGAGUCUGGUUCUCGCGCGAGCUGGAUCUCGACCUACCAGUCUUGAAGUUGCUUGGUGGUGCUACUGUUGAGGAUAUGGUUGAAGAUGCUGUCUCAAGAUUGUCACCUGAGUUGAUUCCCAAUGUUCAGGAGGCACAGUCUUCUACUGAGGGUGAGGGCGAAGCCAAAGAGGAGAAUGCUGCGGACUCGGACUCCCAGAGCAGCGGUGAAGUUACUACUUCCACUGUCAUCACGCCCCCCGCAAGUGAGGUUGACUUUAAUGAUUCCAAGAAAGAAUAG